AUGGCACCUCUACAGUUUCCUCCCUUGAAAAAUGACCUUUUACUGCGUGCAGCUCGCGGCGAACAAACCGAACGAGCCCCAGUAUGGAUUAUGCGACAAGCAGGGCGCCAUCUUCCAGAAUUUCUGAAAGUUCGUGAAUCGCAUGGAUUCUUCGAGAUUUGCCAGACCCCCCAGCUCGCAUGCCAAGUAACCCUCCAGCCCAUUCGCCACUACGCUUCUCUCGUAGAUGCCGCGAUCAUAUUCAGUGACAUCCUUGUCGUCCCACAAGCUAUGGGUAUGGAAGUGCUCAUGCAGCCAGGCCCUCACUUUACACAUCCAUUGUCUGUCCCGGGGGAUGUCGACAAGCUGAACAAGGUGGUGGACGUGAACAAGGAGCUCAAGUAUGUUUUCGAUGCCAUCACGCUGACGAGGAAGGAGCUCGAUGGCGAAGUGCCUCUCAUUGGAUUCUGUGGUGGUCCAUGGACACUGUUUGCAUAUAUGAUAGAGGGAGGAGGGUCGAAAUCAUACACGAAAGCAAAGUCGUGGCUCUUCAAGUACCCUGAGGAAUCGAAGGCACUACUACAGAGGAUCGCCGAUGUUUGCGUUGACUUCCUUGUUGGUCAAGUUCACGCCGGAGCCCAGCUUAUUCAAGUAUUCGACACGAACGCGGGAGAGCUAUCACCUUACGACUUCUACACAUUCGCGUUCCCUGUCCUGCAGCACAUCUCCAAGAAUGUUCGUCAGCGAUUAAACGCUGAUGGCUAUGGUGGUACCCCGAUGACACUCUUUGCUAAAAGUGCAAACUAUGCUAUUGCUCAUACGGCCGAACACGGAGGCUACGAUGUUAUAGGACUCGAUUGGUGCAUCGAUCCCGCAGAAGCAAGACGGUUGGUGGGAGACAAGGUCGCGUUACAGGGCAAUAUGGAUCCCGACCUGUUGUACGGUGGUAGAGACGCCAUCGAGGCAUACGUGAAGCGGAUGUGUGAAGCUUUUGGAGGUUCCAAAGGUUGGAUUGCAAACCUUGGACACGGUAUCACACCUGGUGCUGAUCCCAAGGACGUUCGAUGGUUCUUUGAGUGUGUCCACAAGUAUUCUGCAAGCAAAAUGUCAUGA